AGGCGGAAUGGAGGGAUACGAUGACUCCAUGGAGGACGAGGGGGAAGCUGCUCGCUUGCUGCCAUCAAAAGCAGAUCCAUCUCCUCUGUUGAACUCUCCACUUCCUCGUCAUCAGAUCUCAUCCCCUGGUGUUUUAAACAGCAAGGUUCCAAAACUGAAAUUAGCGGCGUAUCAUCUUGCCAAGAACUGCAGCAAGGUAGCGACCAACGUUUCCCCUCGAUUCAACAGCAAGGAAGUUUUCCUCGCCGUCAAAAGUCAGCUGGGUCUAGUAGGACGGGGUAGAACAACCAAACGAGGAGGCGAAGACGAGGUGGCUUCAUGUCCAACCCCAACCAUUUCUCACCUCAGUCCCUCUGAAGCGAGUCAUGAGGAUAUGGAUGUUCUCCACGUCCUAGAUGAAUCUUUGCCGGCGGACUGGUUUCAAGACUGUAUUGGAAUUUCAGAAGACAAGAACAUUCCUGCAGUGGUUGACAGAAGAACUCAUGACUUGAGAAGUGCGUAUCAGAGAUCAAGAAAGUCUCCAACUGCAUCGUGCUUACCGUGUCAGGAUUGGUCUGGUGGUCUCAGUGGACCUAAGAACACAGAAGUAGCACAGGAUCAGGUGGGAAGUAUACAAGAGAUUCUGGUGAAACAGACACCAGAACUCCAACAAUUUUUCAUCGCAGAAGAUUCAAGACAUCGAUUGGCCCCUUUGCAUGUGAAUAGGAAACUUUUUGCCGAAGAGCUUUCAGUCGGACAAAAGGAGGAACUUCAUUCCAACGAGGCUCGUUGCAAUGGCAUCAAGGACGAGGGAGCCUCCAUUUCAACUUUGACACUCAUUUGCACUUUGCUGGCAUUAUGUUCUUUUGUCUUGGUCUUCAAGGCCGUCGAUGGCACAUCGCUUGCUUUUUCGAUCUAUACUAGCGCCAACCUUCUUCCUCUUAACGGAAAAUUAGCAAUGUGGUAUCAUAGUGAGAUAGCAUCCACCUCCUCAAACUUGCAACGGAUGAUCUGGCUGGGCUGGACCUCAUCGUUCAAAUCCUACUUAACUCCUGGCUGCUUAAAGGAUCAGACGCCUUCGGGUGAGCUCGUCCACGAGGUCUCUGAACAGGCCUCUGUGGUCAUCUCCCCUCGAUCUUCUUCCUCCAUGCUCUCUCGUCUUUCUCGCUUUCUUACUGCUACCGUCGCCGACUUCCCUCAUGCGAGGAUCUCUCCCUUCGACUAACAGCCAUCGGACCCCUACCCUCUGACUAGACACCCACCCCUUGUCUCCCUAUUGGCUGAAUGAAUGAUGUGACUGCAU